GUCCCCUAACAGUCAGUCCCCUUACAGUGCCUUAGAGUGCAGUCGCUUCUCACCUACUGUUUCAGGCAUUCACUUGUAUUUGAGUGCAAAAAAGUUUUUCGUGCGACAAAUGGUUUGAAAGUUAAGUUAUGCUAACAUUGUGUUGAAGUUUGGCAUAUAUUUCGUGCGAUAGUUUGGCGGCGAUUGCCGUUAAUGUGGUGAAGAAAUGCUGAAACAUGUCUCGAGUCGGACUCUAAACUCGCUAAACGUGGACACAAUUAGCAUCAAUAGCUCAGUGCUAUGCGGCUCAUCCAAUGGUAGUGCCAAUGGAUGCGAUGAGCAGACCUCCAGGUCGUCGAGGUCUUCGAGCUCCACAUCCAUUCACGACUUAGGCCUCCAGAGGUCUCUCACAUCUCCUCCUUAUCUGUACUCGCAGUCAGUCUUCAACUCUAAGACACACAACAGUAUUGAGCGGAGAGUCAGAUGUCCUCAAGAGUUGUAUCAAAAUGCAUGCCCUGUCCUGUGCUGUACUUCUGAGUCCCAGUCAGUAUCCAAAGACCCCCUCUUCCCAUCUGCUGAUCGGACCCCUCAUCCCAUUUCCUGUCAGUUCUCUCCAUUCACUGUUAUAAUAAGCGACAAACUGUAUGGGCCUUAUGUGGUGAGCGCCUGUAGCUCUCUCUUAGGCAGGGUGGUAAUUAAGAUACACUCACGAGUCCUGUCGUCGGACGUCGAGUAUAAGACACUGUCGAUCACCAGUCAGACGUCCAGCAAAGAAGUGGUCCGAUUGCUACUCAAUAAGUUUAAACUCAAACAAAGGGAUCCCAAUCUGUUUUACCUGACGCUAGAAGUAUGGAUCAGACAAACAGGCAUUCCCAUCCGGAGUGUUAUGGUGUUGGAUGACGACACAUGUCCGGCGCUACUCCAGUCGUGUUACCCCCAGAAAGACUUAAAGUUUUCACUUAUGAUGCGAUGCGGAGGUCUCAUUAAGAUCUACGACAGCUGUCUUAUGUCAGGGUCUCUGUAUAAGAGCCUUCUUCUAUCGGACCGCACGACUGUCGAGGAAUUGAUCCAACUUUUACUCAACUGCUAUAACCUCAAUGAGAAGCCCUCGAAGUUUGCCUUAUUUGAAGUCUGUCCGUCCCGUAAAUGCGAACGCAAACUGUGCGGCAAUGAGAUCCCAUUAGCCAUACAGUCCCAGUGGCCGAACCCCGAUAUAUAUGUGUUUCAAUUGAGAAGGAACACCACUUCAGAAGAGUAUCAAAUCAGGAAACGCGAGUUGCCGUGGAGUAAGACGUGCGACCGCUCCGGGAAUGUCAUGUUUCACCUGAACCGCAAGGAUGAGGUGAACUCCGCGUCCAUUCACUCGCCCACAUUGAAGCCAUCGUUCAAUAAUUAUGAAAAUUAUUUCUACAUUUAAUUCAUCAAUGUAUGAUUACAAGUGAAAUGUGUUUCUGUAAUUCAAUGAAAGACUAGUCGCGUAUCCAAAUUCACACUUCAGUACAACAAACAAACAAUCGUUUCGGACAUUAACUCAGAUUCAUAUAAAAUUUUUAUUAUAAAUAUUAAUAUAACGUUCAUGUAUUAAAUUUCAAACGCGGUCUACAAUUACCGGUAUAUUAUGUUUCUCGCCAGACAUUCAUAUAUCUGUUAGUGUACUGCUAUUUACAAUCAACUUUCCGUAUCUACUGAUAGUUUUCCCAAAAACCAAACAAUAUUUCGCUGAAGUAUUUUGAAUUUCCGUUUUGUUUCAUAAGUUUCAAUUAAAUCUCUUUUAUUUUCGCAAAACUUUUUAUCAAUAAAUGGUGUUAAAUGUCGUCUGCAUUCAUACGAAUAUACUGUUAACCGCUUUCGAGAC